AUGCUGCUCCCAGCUUCCGUGAGCGAUCUCCUUCAGACAGCGGCGCGGGAGAUCGGGCGUGGCGCUGUCGCUGGAGUGGUGGCCAGCUGGACCGUCGCCGGCGGCGGCGGAGAGGCCUGCCCGCCUCCAGGGCCGUGCCCACUGGUGCCGCCUUGCCCCAACCUGACCUGCCCAUCGCCGGAGUUUGUCUGCCCGCAAGCACCGUGCCCGCCGCGCCCCGGGCUCAGCUGCCCGGAGGGGCCGCCGUGGGUGGUCCUCGCGCUGGUGCUGGUCGGGAACGUCGCCGCGUCGGUGAGCUGCGGCUUCCUGUUCGGAGUGAGGCGCGGCGGACAGCAUGGCGGUGCUGCCGGCAACCCAGCGCGGAGGCCUGCCCUCCGCGGUGGCCGCGGUGGCGGCGUCAUUGGAUCUAGGAUCUUCGUCCGCUACGCCGACGCCGGUGGGGACCUCCCCCACGAGAGGGUGUGCUUGUGGCCUUUGACGGAGGUGGAGUGGAUCACGGAGUCGCCCGGCGGGGAGCAGGUGGCCGAGGAGCUGGUCGACGGCGACAUUGAGGAGUUCGUGGUUCUGGCUCCUGGCGGAGUGGUGCCGGCGCACGUGACGUCGCCGAGGUACCGCUUCCGUGAGGAGGUGGGCCCGCGGGCCCUCAGGCUGAAGAUGAUGGAGGCGAAGCAGGUGGCCAGGGCGGCUACCCGCCCAGGAGACAGCGUGGUCGAGGCCACCCCGUUCGCGCAGUUGUGGGGCGGCCAGGUGGCGGCGCUGGAAGACCUCUGGCGCGGGGGCGGAGUUGUGCCACCCCCACGCCGCGUGCGUACGCAAGCAGCAGGAGGGUUUGGGCGUCGCCGUGCGACGAGGAGCUGA